UUCCUCUUUUCCUCCUCCGCAUACCACACUCAAUUUCACCGCACUCACUCACUCACUCAAUUCACUCGCUUACCUUACUUUACUUUCUCACCUCAAUCAUAUACUCAAUCGGUGCUUUCCUUGCUAUUCUUCUUCCACGCGCUCUCUCCCCCUAAUCUGGCCCUCCACCAUGGCGAUGGCGGCCCAUACCGACUGGGCUCGACUGGCGAAGCCCCUGUUGGUCACAGUAACCACCAUCUGCUUCACGUCCUUUGUUUACAAACUCAUCAAAAUGCGAUCGAUGUUCUACCGCCUCAAAAAGCAAGGACUGCCCAUGCCGCCCUGGAACCCUCUCCUAGGAAACCUACCGGCGAUGGCUGGGCUGCAAAAAAGAGGCCCGGCGGAUACCCGCGAAGCCGAACUCUUCGCCCUCCUGUCCACCGAGAUACCCGGGGGUGAAGGAGGGUUUUACGUCGACGUGUGGCCUUUUAGCUGCCCGAUGCUGGUGGUGACAUCUCCAGCACUGGCCGUACAGGCCGCCCAGACCUAUGACCUUCCCAAACCCAACGUCCUUCAGUCGUUUAUCAAUCCGAUGGCGGGCGGCUCGGACAACCUAUUUGUCACUAACGGGCCGCACUGGAAACAUUCUCGCGAUAUGUUUAAUCAUGGUUUCAGCAUGGCGACGGCUAUGACGCAUCUGCCUUGUAUCCUAGAGGAGGCUGAGGUCUUUGUUCAGAUGCUCACGCAGCACGCCCGCAAGGGGGAUACCUUCUCCCUCGACCAGCUGACCUGCCGCUAUACCAUGGACAUUAUCGGAAAUGUCGCCCUAAACACGCGCUUCCGAUUCCAAGAACAACACAACCCCAUUGCGGCGGCCAUGCGCGACAUUAUCGAGUUUGAAUGCGGAAUCGAAGCUGGGGGCAUGCUCGCCCGGUGGAAUCCCCGUCGUCUCUACCGGCAAUGGCAGAACGGACGCACCCUGAACCACCUCAUUGGGCUCGAACUCGACAAGCGAUACCAGGAAUGGUGCCAAACCACUGCCAAGGCUUCGAGCGAUACUCGCGCGCAGUCGAUCAUGGACCUGGUGAUUGCCGACUACAUGCAAACGCGUCCAUCGCAGCAGGCGCUCGAUCCAGAAUUCAAGCGCUGGGCUACGAUUCAGAUCCGCCUGUUCCUGUUCGUCGGGCACGACUCUGAAGCGACCACGAUUAUCUACGCGUUGUACCUUCUCCACAAGAACCCGGAGACCCUCAAAGAGAUCCGUGCGGAGCACGACCGCGUCUUCAGCUCCUCCAGCGCACAUACCGUGCUGCAAACCCACCCGGAGAAAAUCAAUCAACUGUCUUACACGCAUGCUGUAAUCAAGGAGACACUGCGCCUGUUCCCCCCAGCGAACGGGCUGCGAGGUGGACGUCCCGAUGUCUCGCUCCGCGACGAACAGGGCCGAUCGUUCCCGACCGAGGGCUGCGCAAUCUGGAUCGUGCACCCGGCCGUGCACCGUAAUGCGUCCGUGUGGCCGCAGCCUCACGCCUUCCUCCCCGAACGUUGGCUCGUCGGCCCCGACCACCCCCUCUACCCGCCCACCGGUGGCUGGCGUCCGUUUGAGCACGGGCCCCGCAACUGCAUCGGCCAGAACAUCUCGAUGCUGGGCGUCAAGGCCACGCUCGCCAUGAUCGUGCGUCAAUUUGACUUUCACGAUGCCUACGCCGAAUACGAUCGCGAACAUCCGUCUGACAGCGGCAUUCGGACUGUGUUUGAUGAGCGUGCUUACAUGAUUCAGAAGGGCGCCGGUCAUCCUGCUCAGGGCUUUCCGUGCAAAGUCACCCUGCGGGAGAAUUCUUGACGUCGAUAUGGAAACGAGUCACAAGUAGUGGAGCUGAGAAUGUCUAUCUCUUUUGGGAGAAAAAAAAGUGCUACAGUGGGGCUUUGGCGGUGACUUAUACCAAUGUAUUAAUAUACUAGAUAUGUAC